GGCCAGCCAGGGUGCAGGAAGGAGCCGCGGGGCCGGUCCGCAGCACUUGGGGUGUCGGGGCCGCCGGCCUGAGGGAUGAGGAGGGGCCAUGGCCAGCGACGGGGCCAGGAAGCAGUUCUGGAAGCGCAGCAACAGCAAGGUCCCGGGCAGCAUCCAGCAUGUGUACGGCGCCCAGCAUCCCCCUUUUGAUCCACUGUUACAUGGCACCUUGCUCAAGGCGACGCCCAAGGUGCCCACCACGCCCGUGAAGGCCAAGAGAGUCAGCACCUUCCAGGAGUUUGAGAGCAACACCAGCGACGCCUGGGAUGCCGGCGAAGACGACGACGAGCUCCUGGCCAUGGCGGCCGAGAGCCUGAGCUCUGAGGUGGUCAUGGAGACAGCGCACCGCGUGCUGCGCGACCACAGCCAGCGGCAGGAGCGGCACAAGCUGCAGGGGCCGCCGGGGCCGCUGGGGCCGCUGGGGCCGGAGCCACAGCCUUCGGCAGAGCCUCCUCCGGGCCCUGGCAGUGACCUCCGGCUGGUGAAGUCUGUCAGCGAGAGCCACACAGCCUGUCCUGCAGAAAGUGCCAGCAACACUGCCCCUCUGCAGAGGUCCCAGUCUCUCCCACACUCGGCGACCGUCACCCUGGGCGGGUCGUCUGACCCCAGUACCCUCAGCGGCUCAGCGUUAAGUGAAAGAGAGGCCUCCCGGCUCGACAAGUUCAAGCAGCUGCUCGCUGGCCCCAACACAGACCUCGAGGAAUUGCGGAAGUUGAGCUGGUCUGGGAUCCCUAAGCCUGUUCGUCCGAUUACGUGGAAGCUCCUCUCAGGUUACCUUCCUGCCAACGUCGACCGAAGACCUGCCACUCUCCAGAGGAAGCAGAAAGAGUACUUCGCCUUUGUGGAGAGUUAUUACGACUCUAGGAAUGACGAAGUUCACCAAGACACCUACCGACAGAUCCACAUAGACAUCCCUCGAAUGAGUCCAGAGGCCCUGACACUUCAGCCCAGAGUGACAGAGAUUUUUGAAAGGAUAUUAUUUAUAUGGGCCAUCCGUCACCCUGCCAGCGGGUACGUUCAGGGGAUCAACGACCUGGUCACCCCUUUCUUUGUCGUCUUCCUUUGCGAACACACAGAGGAGGAGGACGGGGACGUCGCCGAUGUGUCCCAGGUGCCCACGGACGUGCUGCGCAACGUGGAGGCUGACACGUACUGGUGCAUGAGCAAGCUGCUGGACGGCAUCCAGGACAACUACACCUUUGCCCAGCCUGGGAUCCAGAUGAAAGUGAAGAUGCUGGAAGAGCUCGUGAGCCGGAUCGAUGCGGCCUUGUCUGUCCUAGAGCAAGUCCACCGGCACCUGGAGCGGCACGAGGUGCGCUACCUGCAGUUCGCCUUCCGCUGGAUGAACAACCUGCUGACCCGGGAGGUGCCCCUGCGCUGCACCGUCCGCCUGUGGGACACCUACCAGUCUGAGCCCGAGGGCUUCUCCCAUUUCCACCUGUACGUCUGCGCUGCUUUUCUCGUGCGAUGGAGGAGAGAAAUACUCGAAGAGAGAGAUUUCCAAGAGCUGCUGCUGCUCCUGCAGAACCUGCCCACGGCCCUCUGGGGCGAUGAGGACGUCAGCCUGCUGCUGGCCGAGGCCUACCGCCUGAAGUUUGCCUUCGCCGACGCCCCCAACCACUACAAGAGAUGAGCGUGGGCCCGACAGGCACCCGCCACGCCGGCGAGGCCCGUGACCAAGGAGAGGCCUUGCUGGACAGGCCUGCGCCCAGGCGCCUGCCAGGAGGCACAGCAGCCCAGGGGCUGGCCGGCAGGGUGGGCUCCUGUUUCCUGAGAUGCCAAAGAGCCUGGGGAGGGUGCUGGCUCGGGGCCACGAGCGGCCGGGCCUUCCCGUUCUGGGGCGUCCUUGCCAAAUGACCACGGCUGAAGACCCUGGCCCGUGGCAGCCCCGCCCGGAGAGGCUGCGCCCGGGUGCCAAGGACAGAGGGAGACAUCUUGUACCUGCGUUAAAUGCAAAAGUCCUAUUCUGUCGAGUGAGAGAAUAAAGUGUAGACAGACCGUGAGUG